UCUACAGGUCGCUCCCGGUCCAUAAGGAGCGAGCUGCGGUGUCGCGGCUCAAUAGACCCGAUGGGCUGUUGUACGACACACAGAAGCCGCUUUACGUUACGAGUCUCUCUCGCUAGAUGCGCUGCGGAUUGAUAUUGAGCUCGCGUUUUUCUGUCAGGCCGACAGCAUCACAGGCGCCGCGUGUGUGCGCGCGUGUGUGUGCGUGUGUGCGUGCGUGUGUGUAUGUUAGACUUGACACGUACACUUGUGUGACUGCAUUUCCCUUUACGUGUAAACACAACUAGUGCUGCUUUGUGAAGGUAAACUGCAUAAUAUAUUGUGAUUCUGGAGUGAGGAGCAGAGACCAAACAAACAAUCUUUUCAGUGAGAAAAUAACCGUCUGGUUCUUUCGUCAUUAGUUGUAGCUCUACAUAAGGAAUGAGGUACGGGUGGAGCCACACACCGGAGUACACGUCUUACUACACGCUACCUCUGCACAUGCGCAGCUCUGCGAUGUCAUUUGGGUAGCGUGAGAGCUGUCAGGGUCCACGCCGUUCCCUCUGCGCGUCUUAUCUACACGUUAAACACUUGGCUCCAGUGCGUGUGUGUUUCCACCUCGUAGGGAACUGUCCAGUUCCUGGUGUGCAAGCGCAAGCUGGAGAGUAAGAAGGAGGCCCUCCUCAUUCUGUCCAAGGAGCUGGACACCUGUCAGCAGGAGAGAGACCAAUACAAGCUGAUGGCCAACCAGCUGAGGGAGCGCCACCAGGGACUGAAGAAGAAGUACAGGGAACUCAUUGACGGUGACCCCUCUUUGCCACCAGAAAAACGUAAUCAAGUGAACCUGGCUCAGCUGUUGGGAGACUCGAGGGAAGGAGCAAAACGUCUCGCCGAGGAGGUGAAGGAGCUGACUCAGAGACUUACGGAGGCCCACGGGGACAACAAGCUCCUGAGGAUGACCAUUACUCGACAGAGGCUGGGGGAUGAGGAGGUGGGGGCGCGCCAUUUCCCCACCCAUGAACGUGAGGAUCUAGUUCACCAGCUUGAGACAGCCGGGCUACAGAUGGCGGAGAUGGAGCACAACAUGAAGGCUCUGACGGACGAGCUGCAGGACAUGAAGGCGGAGCGCAGUGCGUUCAGGGAGAAGACCUACCGACUCAACGUGGAGCUCAACCACGUCUUGGGGAACCGCGAGGCCCGCAUCAUUGAUGUGGAUGCCCUCUGCAUGGAGAACAGGUAUUUGCAUGACCGUUUCAGCCAACUACAAGAGGAGGUGAACAUGCUGAAAUCCAACCUCAUGAAGUACAAGACGUCUCUUGAGAGGGCGAAAAACUCCAGCGCAUAUGGGAAAUCAAACCGCAGCACCGGAGCCAAACAAGUCCUGGAAGAGCAGGGCUGCAGCCUGCCAGCCACGCCUCAGUCCAUCUCUGACCUCAAGUCCCUGGCCAUGGCUCUGCUGGAGACCAUCCAUGAGAAGAACCUGGUCAUCGAGCACCAGAGGCACACCAACAGGAUCCUUGGAAACAGAGUAGCAGAUUUGGAAAGAAAGCUGAAGACGUUGGAGGUUUCUGGACUCUGGAGUCUUCCAGGAAACCGAGACAACAUCCCACUGCGUGACAAUCUUCAACCGGAGCUUCAUCCAACGCGUGUCACAUCUCAGCCCAUCAUGCAGCCCAGUGUGAAGCCACCCAAAGUUGUGUCAGACGACAGAAGUUCACAUGAAUCAUCGUGGGAAUGCCUCACUGCUGGCAGCAACCUUGGCACAGAUGGCGUCAGCAGGGAAGACGCACCUGCACUGCUCAACAGCCUGGAGCCUCUCGUCGGGGUGGAGACGAAUGGGAUCGACAGGAGAGGGGGAGAAAUCGCAGCCCGGACAGAAGAUGGAGCUGUCUUAGAGCUGGAGGAGGGCCAGAGUCCGGUGGAAGAGGCGGGGCGUGAGGCUGAGGGAGUCGAGGAUGAAGAACUGGGCUCCACGGUGGAGGAAGGAGAAGAGGCCGCUCUGGCACUGGGUGUCACGUCCACUGAAUCAGACCUUCCUUGGCUUCCAAAUGAGCAAGUCUCUGUAGAUCAUUCACAGGUGGGCCAUCAGCCCUGCAAAUCCCAGGAUGAUGGGGUCAAUUCCCGCGCCUGAACAUGUCGAAGCCUCACUAUCCAGUCCGGAGAACCAGUCCACAGAGGUGUCGAGUGCAGGAGGGCGGGGCGGUGUCGAACUGCAGAGGGACACUUGCCGUAGUGACAACCUCGGCAUGAUCUGACGUCACUGGAAGCCUUUAAAUCCUUGUCCUUGAUAAUUGCAUUAAUCUAGUUACAUUCUCACGAGCGCCCGGUUCCUCCUCGCAGCUCGGUUUCAGUCAAUAAAAACAGAGAGAAAACACUUUUUCAGCCACCGCUGACGGAGCCGGAGGUGCACUUUGUAUCUAGACAGGCUUGUUGCUGCGCAGGAACAGGCAAUCUUGAAAUCAAUGGAGUUGCAAACUCCAUGCCCUCCAGGAAGAAUUUAGCUAGGAAAAUAACAGAUAUGGCAGCCUCGACUCCCGUGCCCCAUAUUCCCUUCUUCCUAUCCCCAUGCGAUAAGAUAAUCCCAAUUGUUUGCUUUCUUCUUCUUCCUCGGGGAUGCCAAUAAACAGAGUGCUGCAUUUUCUUGUUACUCUCAUAGGUGGUUAAAAAAACUUGAAAUGAAUGUGUUGUCAAUAUGUGUAAGUGGAUAAUAUUAAUAUUCAAGAUUCUAUUUAUGUAUAUUCAUUUGUACGGGUGAAUGUUACUGAUCAGUCAGUUUUUAUUUUGUCUUAUUUAUGGUCAUUUAGAAGUUGAUAUUUGGAUGAGCCUGCAUGUGCCUUUAUAUGUAGAAAUGCUGUAUUUAUUGAUAUGUAGUCAUAUAAAUGCAUAAUUCUGCAAUAUGA